AUGGAGCUCGACCGAGAUGAAGCCUCAUCAGAUAUGUUUACCUCGCCUCCCGACCUACAUCGCCCCCUUGCCUCCUCCAACAAACAAGACACUACGAACGCCAUCCCCACACGUCAGCCACUCAGCGAGAAACCCAUCAAUCGCGCUGCUGUCAACAGGACCCCAAAUGUGGCGAACCCGAAUUACAAGCAUCACAAGCAUGGUGCAAGUCCCCAGGCCACACCAGGCCGGAAAUCUGUCCAAGCAGCCUAUACCGCGCGUAGACCUUCCUUGCCUCGCCACGAGGUCCCGGCUCCCAGGGAGAUCUACAAAGCGGCAAAGGCGCCAACGCAGGCCUCCAUCAACACGGUCGAUGGCAAGAUUGCGGAUGGUCCUGUGCUUGUCUCGCAGGAACUUGAAGAUUGGGAAGUUGGCAUCGAGGAAAUCACGUCUGACAGCGACCUCGACAGCGAAGUCUGGAGCGACGCCGAAGUAACAGCCCUUUCUCCUGAUGCUGCAUUCAUCACAUCUUCCAAGACCCCCCAUGCAACACCCGAACACUACAGCACUCUCCCCGUCAGCGACAUCAAGGACAGCUUCGAAGAGGCCAUGCUUAAGACACUCCAGUUGAAAGACUUCGACGCGGUGAUGGCUUAUAUGAUGGGCGAGGCCGCUCUUGAUGAUGGUACUCACGAUGCCAAACUCAUUCGUCAGUUGCAUGAGGGGAUAGAUGAGAGUAACAAGAAACUCGGACUUCCAAGCUUGGGAGAUAUAUACGGAACAAAGUCAGAGGACGGUAGGGUCGAGGUCGGUAUCCUAGCGAAGGCUAUGAGGAAGUCACCCACCACGUUGACAGGAGCGGAGAAGCAACACAAGGCAGAGCAGCGUGGAACCAAGCGUCCAGAUCGUCAUGCAAAGCAGGCUAUCAAGAUUCCUGUCCAGACAGAAAUGCUCCUGAAGAAGCCUACCAACGAGGGGAAGGCAUUCAGGAAGCCGUAUGGGGAGGUGAAGUCUAGGUAUCUCGACCAGUCCCGGAAACAUCAAGCAUCGGUGCCGAAGGAUAACAAGGAGGGCGACGACUCGAAGGUCUUGGCUUGGUGGGGAAAUCUUGAUGGAUGA